GAAUGCAAAAAAGAGGAAAUAGUGCAGGUGCGUGGCGCGGCCGGGGCUAGUUUUAACAGUAACACAAACACAAGCGCUCGCUCGAGAGAUUGUUAGGUGCACGCUUGGGUUUUCCUGUUUACUUCGAUCAAAAUAAUUAGAAAAGAAAAAAAAUUAAGGGCGGAAUUCAAUGGCCGAAGCGUAUUGGAGGUACAGCGACAGCCGGCAGCAGGCCUCGGCGACUCUUCAGUUGCCGGUCGCGAAACGUCUUCGUUCUGAUUACGAUGUGCCUAGUGGCCAUGAAUUGUCGAACUACUAUGCUCGCGAAGAUGAAAGGGUAUCACACCGUGUCAUCAGAGAUACUGACCCUAUUGGAGCAUCUUAUGACCGUUACCUACGUAGCUCGCAAUUGUCAUCUUACUCUGGUGGGGAGUCUGCAAGAUCAAUGAGUAAUGGACUUGGUGGACAUCCUGUUGAUGAUCCGCGAAUUGUGGGCAUGGGGGGAUCUGAUUUAGCUAUGAGCACAAAGAGCCGGAGCAUGGGUGUAGGUGGUGGAAGAUCUGAACUUCCUCUUCCUCCUGAUGCUUCCAGUACGCUGUUUGUGGAGGGCUUGCCUGCCAAUUGCACACGUCGAGAAGUUUCUCAUAUAUUCCGCCCCUUUGUAGGCUACAAAGAAGUGAGGCUUGUAACCAAAGAUUCGAGGCAUCCUGGAGGUGAGCCGUUGGUCCUUUGUUUUGUUGAUUUUGCAAGUCCAGCUUAUGCAGCUACUGCAAUGGAUGCAUUACAAGACAAACUUAAUCUUGCAGGUUAUAAAUUCGACGAGCAUGACCGUGAUUCUGUGCGUCUAAGGCUGCAAUUUGCUCGCUACCCUGGUGCAAGGUCGGGUGGCGGGCAUCGUGGAAAACGCUGAAUUAUGCAGCUACAGGUGAUACGUGAUACACUCGAUGCGCUUGAACCCUUAAUGUUUAUGGCCACUAUGUUUUGUUAGAUAUAGUGGUCAUUAAAGCACACUAAAUAAUGGAACAACGCUUGUAUGUAGGACCUACCACGAGAGAUGAUACGAUGCCUUGGACUUUUGCGAAUUACAUCGUUUUCCAAAUGGACGCUUUCCCUAGGUCCAGCUUGAAUUGGGUGGGUUGCCGUAUUUGAGUGGUGGCUGCUGAUGUCUUAAGAGCGUGUUAGCGUUUUCUAUUGCUGUUGUUUUUCGUCUCAAAAUCUGGUAUCUAUUCUGAAGUUGGAGGGCAUGCGGGAUAAUGUUAUAGGUCAUGGCAGAUGAUCCUUAUCCUUUUGGCCUUCAAAAUAUAGGAGACUCUUAUACAAGUUAAUGUAACACUAAGUGCAAUUUAUUUAGUUUACUAUUGUGCUACAUGAUGGUUUUUAAGCUUGUUUACUGAAUCUGUGCUUGAUGAGCACUAUAGCUAUUUCACCCUUUUCCUUCUUUAAUUCUUUUUUUUUUAAAUUACGAUGA